AUGGCUGAUGGCCCAUCCCCUGAGGCUCUGCCAGAUUCUGGUAGCGAUCCCGAGGACAGCAUGCUCUCACUGCACAACAGAGUCUUCCAUCGUUUCUCGAUAGACAACUCCAUAUCCUUCGUGCCUACCGAUCAUGACGAGCACGAACGGCUACUGCUUCAGCACGCUGCAUUAUCAAUUCUGUCUUACGGCGAGACGAUCUUCGUACCUGAGACCUCCCUCCACAGGCAGACCAUCCGGCGCGUCCUUGACUGUGGUUGUGGAAACGCGAUUUGGUGUUCCGAAACUGUCAAGAGCCUUACCGCCAUCGGCAACACAAAUUUUGAGGUCACUGGUGUGGAUGUCAACGAUGUGAUGCUACUCAACGUCCUCGACCAGCCAGAGAACCUAUACUUCGACGUGUUCGAUUUGAACCAAGACUUUCGAAACAGCCCAGAGACAUUUCCUCGCAACCAUUUCGACUUUGUCAACAGCCGAGAUGUGGCUGGAGGCAUCAACUCCGGCCGUUGGGAUUCCUAUAUCCGAGAAAUCUUUGGAAUACUUCGUCCUGGUGGCUGGUGUCAAAUGGUUGAACUGGACUUGGAGUCUCAAUCAGACAAUGGCCGACUAGGCGAUGGAAACGCUUUGCGAGAAUGGUCCAGGCUGUAUCAGAACGCAAUGGACAAGCUUGGGAAGUACUCAAAGAUUGGGCGCGAACUUGGGCCAAGACUGAGACGGGCGGGUUUCACAGAUGUCGACAACAACUCGGGCAGGCCAUACGUCUUCCCGAUGUGUGGCCAGCAUGAGCACCACGUAAAAAUCGGUCAAAGCAACGAAGAGAAUGUCCAGCGCUUACUUGGGUCACUCUCUCUGUAUCCUUUCAUGGAAGUACUGGGGUAG